AUGGCCACACAGUAUUCAAACGACUCAGUUCGGUCCUAUAUGGACGCCAUGAGCUGCAUGGUCUCAGCUGCUCAAGAUUUCAAUUACGAAUCGGGUAUUGCAGUUCCACUAGAGAUCGACAACGAGAUCGAUGAUCAUAGAAGCGACAAUCGUGUGCAAUUGACAACCCUUUCACAGGACCGGAAUGAAUGGGAUGAUAUUUUUGAUAGUUUUGGAGAGCUUUCGAAACAAAAUGUGUUGAAUGCCAUCAAGGAAGUGACUUCCGAGAACAACACUUCUUUAAAUAUUCUAAAAGACCUACGUGAUCAUGUUGAAAAUGGGCCAAACAACGUAGAUGCAAGUACGCUGACGGAGACAUUUUUGUCUUUAUUGCAGAACGAUGAUAUCGAUAUACUGCAAACGGAACUCUUUGAUUUUUUGGGCGAUGAAAACAUCAGUUUGAUAUCGUUUCUGAUAGAGAAUAGGGAAUCUUUGCUUUCAAUACCAUAUGAUGAGCACCUUGAAUUUCUCGAAGGCUCCUCAAGUCAGGAUAAGUUUUUGUCUGAGAAAGAGAUUCGCGAAAGCGUUCUUAAGACAGCGCAGGACAUAAAAAACUUACAACUAAAUCCUCUACAAAAGCAACAGCAAUACCCACAUGUUUUUCGAAAGUCAGAGGCUGGAUCCAGUUUCACGCUUUCGUUCACUGGCCAAAAAUUCGCUCUGCCUGCAGGAACUACACGACAAUCCUUUGCAUCGCGGGAGGAAAUUAUAAUCCCUUGCGCAGACAAGGGCUUUCAGAGGUCUCUGAAAUUCAAGAACAUCAGGAUCAAGGAUUUGGAUAAAUUCUGCACGUCCGUGUUCAACUACGAGUGCCUCAAUGCCGUUCAAAGUUUGGUAUAUCCUGUUGCGUAUGAAACAAACGAGAACAUGCUUAUUUGUGCCCCGACAGGUGCUGGUAAAACGGAUGUAGCAUUACUCACUAUUUUGAACACAAUAAAGCAAUUUUCUGAAAUAGACGAAGAGGGAAAUAUCGAUAUUGAGUACGAUUCAUUCAAGGUCGUUUACGUCGCCCCAUUGAAGGCUUUGGCCGCAGAGAUUGUUGAAAAAUUCCGGAAGAAGUUGGCUGUCUUCGAUGUCAAAGUGCGUGAACUUACGGGUGACAUGCAACUUACCAAAGCAGAAAUAUUUGAGACUCAGAUUAUUGUCACAACACCAGAAAAAUGGGAUGUAGUUACGAGAAAGGCUAAUGGAGAUAACGAUCUAGUCUCUAAAAUUAAACUUUUAAUCAUUGACGAGGUGCAUUUACUUCAUGAAGAUCGAGGUUCCGUGGUGGAGACUCUUGUUGCGCGUACAUUGCGACAGGUUGAAAGAUCUCAGUCCAUGAUUCGAAUUCUUGGUUUGUCUGCCACUCUUCCUAAUUUCGUUGAUGUUGCAGACUUUUUGGGUGUCAACCGCCACGUAGGCAUGUUUUACUUCGACCAGUCGUUCCGUCCUAAACCUCUAGAACAGCAGCUUCUGGGGGUUAGAGGAAAGGCCGGAAGCAAACAGGCCAGGGAAAAUAUUGAUAAUGCUGCAUAUGAUAAACUAAUCGAAAUGAUUGGUCGUGGUAAUCAAGUCAUGAUAUUUGUACAUUCGAGAAAGGAUACUGUCAGAAGCGCAAAGACUUUCAUAUCUAUGGCGCAAUCAAGACACGAGAUUGAUCUUUUUGCCGAAAACUCGACCAUUAGGGACUCUUACUCAAGGGAAAUGACGAAUAACAAAGAUAAAGAUGUCAAAGAAUUGUUUCAAUCUGGAUUUGGUAUUCAUCAUGCCGGUAUGUCACGGUCGGACCGUAAUCUGUCAGAAAAAUUGUUUAAAGACGGCGCGGUCAAUGUGCUUGUUUGUACCGCUACUUUAGCUUGGGGUGUGAACUUGCCAGCAGACUGUGUGAUUAUCAAAGGAACGCAGGUAUAUGACUCUAAGAAGGGUGGAUUUGUUGAUUUAGGAAUAUCGGAUGUUAUUCAAAUUUUUGGGCGUGCAGGUAGGCCUGGUUUCGGUUCUGAGCAUGGUACUGGUAUACUUUGCACGACUAGCGACAGUCUCGAUGAUUACGUCUCCCUUAUCACUCAGCAGCACCCCAUCGAAUCGAAACUAAGCUCAAAGAUUGUGGAUAAUUUGAACGCAGAGAUUUCAUUGGGUAGUGUGACCAACGUUGAAGAGGGUAUCCAAUGGCUUGGCUACACAUACCUUUAUGUUAGAAUGAAAAAGAACCCUUUCAGCUAUGGUAUCAAUUGGGACGAACUGAAGGAGGACCCACAGCUGUAUGAACGUCGGAGAAAAAUGGUUUUAACGGCAGCAAAAAGACUUCACACGUUGCAGAUGAUUGUUUUUGAUGAGGUGUCGCUCAACUUUAUACCGAAAGACUUGGGCCGUAUUUCUUCAGACUUUUAUCUAUUGAACGAGUCGGUGGAAAUAUUCAACUCGUUAUGCAACCCCAGUGCAACUGAAGCAGACGUCCUAACAAUGAUCAGUAUGAGUAGUGAAUUCGACAAUAUGAAGUUCAGGGAAGAAGAGGCUACUGAGCUUUCUCGUUUAAGGGAGUCCUCCAGCGAAUGUCAAAUUGGUGGUGACAUUGAGUCAUCACAGGGGAAGACCAACAUUCUUUUGCAGUCUUACAUUUCAGGAUCUCGCAUAUUUGAUACAGCACUUGCGUCUGACGCCAACUACGUCGCUCAGAACUCUAUCAGAAUUUGCAGAGCACUGUUUCUUGUAGGCAUCAACAGACGCUGGGGUAAUUUUUCGAAAGUGAUGCUAGAUAUCUGUAAAUCCAUUGAAAAACGGAUGUGGGCCUUCGACCAUCCUUUAUGUCAAUUCGAAUUGCCAGAACCUGUGACCCGGCGGCUGCGAGAAAAAAGGCCUUCAAUGGAUAGUUUAUUGGACUUCGACUCGGAGGAGUUGGGAGAUUUGGUGCACAAUAAAAAAGUAGGCCAUAGGCUUUUCAGCAUAAUAAAGCGCUUCCCGGUCAUUGAAAUUGAAGCAAGUAUCUUUCCCAUAACUGCCAACGUUAUGAGGAUACAUGUUUCGUUACAGCCGUCAUUCCAAUGGGAUGUCAAGAUACAUGGUAACGCUCAGUUCUUCUGGCUCUUUGUCGAGGAAUCGGAUAAAUCGCACCUGUUGCACGUCGAAAAGCUUAUUAUAAACAAACGUCAACUGUCAAAUCCUCAUGAAAUGGAUUUUAUGAUUCCGUUAUCAGAUCCCUUACCCCCUCAAGUUGUGGCGCGGAUUGUCUCCGAUGUUUGGAUCGGUAGCGAAUCUUCGCAGAUAAUAUCAUUCCAACAUUUAAUCAGGCCACAUAACGAGACUCUUCAGACGCAGUUACAGAAGCUCAGACCUUUACCUACAUCAGCGCUCAAGAAUGAAAUUUUGGAGGACAUCUAUCCCUUCAAAUAUUUCAACCCCAUGCAAACUAUGACGUUUCAUACGUUAUACAAUACGAACAACAGUGUUUUCGUGGGAUCGCCGACCGGGUCUGGAAAAACCAUAGUUGCCGAGCUUGCUAUGUGGAAUGCUUUCAGAACAUUUCCUGGUAGCAAGGUGGUUUAUAUUGCUCCAAUGAAGGCUCUGGUCAAGGAGCGUGUAACUGAAUGGAAGAAAAAGGUGACCCCUGCUACAGGAGACAAGGUCGUCGAAUUGACCGGGGACUCUCUUCCCGAUCCAAAAGAUGUAAGGGACGCCACUAUCAUCAUUACCACUCCCGAAAAGUUUGACGGUAUCUCUCGUAACUGGCAAACACGUAGGUUUGUUCAGGAAGUUUCUCUCAUCAUUAUGGAUGAAAUUCAUUUAUUGGCCAGUGACCGUGGUCCAAUAUUAGAAAUGAUUGUCAGUCGUAUGAACUAUGUUGCUGCACAAACUAAAAAGCCUGUUAGACUCCUGGGAAUGUCAACUGCUGUUUCAAAUGCCUACGAUAUGGGCGGAUGGCUUGGCGUGAAAGAUGACGGAUUGUACAAUUUCUCGUCCAGUGUUCGACCAGUUCCGUUGAAGAUGUACAUUGAUGGGUUCCCUGAUAACCUUGCUUUCUGCCCGCUAAUGAAAACUAUGAACAAACCCGCCUUUAUGGCGAUCAAACAACACUCGCCUGAAAAGCCGGUCUUGAUUUUCGUUGCAUCGCGGAGACAAACUCGUUUGACGGCUUUGGAUCUUAUUCACCUUUGCGGCAUGGAAAGUAACCCAAGGCGAUUUUUAAAGAUUCAAGACGAAGAGGAACUUCAAUACUACCUAUCUCAAGUAUCCGAUGAAACUCUAAAAUUAGCCCUGCAAUUCGGAAUUGGUCUUCACCAUGCAGGUCUGGUGGAAAAAGACCGGUUCAUAUCGCAUCAACUAUUCCAAAAUAAUAAAAUUCAGGUACUUGUAGCCACGUCUACUUUGGCAUGGGGUGUCAACUUACCUGCCCAUCUGGUCAUUAUCAAGGGAACCGAGUUUUUUGAUGCCAAAAAAGAAGGAUACCGUGAUAUGGACCUCACCGAUAUCUUACAGAUGAUGGGAAGAGCUGGUAGACCCGCUUAUGAUACUUCCGGUACUGCUAUCGUUUACACUAAGCAGUCCAAAAAAAUGUUCUACAAGCAUUUUUUGAACAUAGGCUUUCCCGUUGAAUCCUCGCUGCACAAGGUUUUGGAUGAUCACUUGGGGGCUGAAAUUGCAUCGGGCUCAAUAAAAAAUAAGCAAGAAGCGAUAGAAUUCUUGAGUUGGACGUUUUUCUUUAGAAGAGCACAUCAUAAUCCGACUUACUAUGGAAUAACAGAAGACACAUCUGCAACUGGUGUCAACAAACACCUGAGCAAUCUUAUUGACACAACGCUAGAAAACUUAGCGGAAUCCAGCUGUGUUUCGAUUAAGGGCGGCGAUAUCGAACCUUUGCCUUUCUUGAGCAUAUCGUCAUACUAUUAUAUUUCUCAUAAAACCAUUCGUGGGCUUUUGAAGCAUAUUCGAGAUGAUGCAACAUUUCAAGAUGUGCUUAAAUGGCUCUCCAUUGCGGUUGAAUUUGAUGAACUACCGGUCAGAAAUGGUGAAAUUAUCAUGAAUGUGGAAAUGUCGGCGCAGUCUCGAUACACAAUUGAAAGUACAUUCCCUGCUGAUGAAGAGCGGCCACUCUGGGAUCCACACUUGAAGGCAUUUUUGUUGUUACAAGCGUACUUUAGUCGUGUGGACUUGCCCAUAGCUGACUAUCAUCAAGACCAGCUAUCCGUACUAGAUCAAGCAUUGCGUAUCCUCCAAGCGUAUGCCGAUGUUGCUGGGGAGUUGGGAUAUUACUCGACGGUCAUGACUGUCAUAAAGGUGAUGCACUGUGUCAAACAGGGCUGCUGGUACGAGGAUGAUCCGAUUAGCCUACUCCCUGGUUUGACUUUGAAGAGACUUUCUGGUUCUGAGUUUGGAGAAGGGGGGUAUGAAUUAGAGCGCACAUCGUCAACGACUCUGGGAGAAAUUGGGAAGUUGGGCUCCAAGAAACUUGAGCAAUUGGCCAGAAAGUUCCAUAUUUCGGGUGAUCACACAAAAGAUUUUAUCUAUCAAGCAAUGAGACUGCCAGCACUUACGGAUAUUCACGUCGAGCCUCAAAGUAACCCAGAUAGUCUGGUUAUCACCGCCAGACAUGCUGGGUCCAAAGUAAACAAAAACUUCGAAGUGUACUGCGAUAAGUUCCCGAAGACGCAGAAAGAAUUAUGGUUUGUCAUUGGCUAUCAAGGGAGGGAACUUUUAAUGAUCAAGAGGUGUCAGCCUAGAAAACAAAGCAACAGUGUCAUCAUUAGCUGCGAUUUCGUCGUGGCCGAAGAACUGCAAGGACAAACGUUGAAUUUCACCAUAAUCAAUGAUGCGCUUGACAUUAGAUAUGAACUCAAGCAUACGUUAGCUGCUUGA